AUGAAAGCGCCUUUAGAACUCCCGAUCGUCUCUCUUCUCGCUCUUUUCCCCGUAUUGCCAUUGGCACAGCUAGAUUGUACCAAAAUCGUCGUCGAUGGUAAAACGUGGGACGUGAGUAAACUAGGUGGACCGCAUUCGGUUUACAACGUUGUCGAUCAUCCUCCCUCUGUUAUCAACACCACAUACACCUUAGACCUAUGCAAGCCUCUGCCCAAGAGUAGCCAAUGCCCGAGCGGAACAUAUGUGUGCGGUAUCGAGCGAACAAAGCCCAAAGAAGGCGAUGAGAUCAUAUCGGGGACCAUCCCCAUAGCAGGGAACUACGCCCACAGUUCUGGCCGAUCACUCGAUCCCAAAAUAACCCGUUUGAAGACCAGCGACUCCCAACAAGAAGGUCUUCGGAUCGAACUGCAUGGCGGUAAAUACCUAAAGCGCGAUCAACAAGCCGUGAUAGAAUUGAUCUGCGAUAAAGAGCGCAGCGGUCUAGAUGACGAGGAUAAGCAACAAAGACGCAAGCUAGUAGAUGAAAAGCCCGACGGUACAGGCCAGGAGGUUUCCGAAGGCGACGACAAGGGCAACCUUGAAAAACAGAAAAGCCUUCAGUUUAAGAGUUAUGGAGAAGUUGACAAGAUCGAUGUAUUGAGAUUAAAUUGGCGAACAAAAUAUGCCUGUGAAGGCUUUCCAGAAGGAGAAGAUGGCGAGAAGUCAAACCAUUGGGGAUUUUUCACCUGGCUUAUCAUCCUUCUUUUCCUCUGCGUUGCUGCAUAUCUCAUUUUUGGCUCUUGGCUCAAUUACAAUCGCUACGGCGCGCGAGGCUGGGACCUGCUGCCCCAUGGUGACACCAUCCGCGAUAUCCCUUACCUUAUGAAGGAUUGGGGUAGAAGGGUAAUAAAUACCCUCCAAGGUCCCGGAUCAAGAGGUGGCUAUAGUGCAGUUUGA